AUGUCAGAUAAAGCAGCAAUGUUUGAUCAGGAAAAUGACAAACCAUCACUAUCAGUGGACGUCAUCCCACCCGGCAAUGGUGGAGCCACAUAUGGGAAGGGCAACGGUGGAGCCACAUAUGGGAAGGGCAACGGUGGAGCCACAUAUGGGAAGGGCAACGGUGGAGCCACAUAUGGGAAGGGCAACGGUGGAGCCACAUAUGGGAAGGGCAACGGUGGAGCCACAUAUGGGAAGGGCAACGGUGGAGCCACAUAUGGGAAGGGCAACGGUGGAGCCACAUAUGGGAAGGGCAACGGUGGAGCCACAUAUGGGAAGGGCAACGGUGGAGCCACAUAUGGGAAGGGCAACGGUGGAGCCACAUAUGGGAAGGGCAACGGUGGAGCCACAUAUGGGAAGGGCAAUGGUGGAGCCACAUAUGGGAAGGGCAACGGUGGAGCCACAUAUGGGAAGGGCAACGGUGGAGCCACAUAUGGGAAGGGCAACGGUGGAGCCACAUAUGGGAAGGGCAACGGUGGAGCCACAGAUGGGAAGGGCAACGGUGGAGCCACAUAUGGGAAGGGCAACGGUGGAGCCACAUAUGGGAAGGGCAACGGUGGAGCCACAUAUGGGAAGGGCAACGGUGGAGCCACAUAUGGGAAGGGCAAUGGUGGAGCCACAUAUGGGAAGGGCAAUGGUGGAGCCACAUAUGGGAAGGGCAACGGUGGAGCCACAUAUGGGAAGGGCAACGGUGGAGCCACAUAUGGGAAGGGCAACGGUGGAGCCACAUAUGGGAAGGGCAACGGUGGAGCCACAUAUGGGAAGGGCAAUGGUGGAGCCACAUAUGGGAAGGGCAACAGUGGAACCACAUAUAUGGGAAGGGUGAUUGCAAAGGCAGUCCAAAUUCUACCAGUAGACAAACUGAGGAAUAGCACGAUGUCAAGGGUAGAACCAGUUAAGGAUACAUAA